AUGAAUUUUAGAGCUGAUGCGAUAAGUUAUGUCGAUCAGAGUGAAGGUCCAUGCCAGCUGAUAAACUUCUACAAGGAUAAUCUCUCUACUAGUGGAAAUAUGAGGGAUACUGUUAAUGUUUGUGCAGUUCCUACUAGUAAAGUUUGUAUUCCCGCUUCUACUUCUCAGAAUGAGUCUGGGGUGGUAUUAGUAGAUUACAGCGUCUGGGACUAUGGUGGGGAUCUGAUGAAGGAUCAUCCGAUGUUGCUUGCCUUUUCAACAGAUUGGGGUGAUGGUGGGGUAGAUGCAAUAUCUGUAGAUGAGAAGACGUCAUUGAUUCAAGCUGCACAGUACAACCGUUAUCGCAUUGGCCCCAAUAAAGAUGAUAAUGAUAAUGAUGAUGAUAAACGGCAAAUAAAUAAUUCAACUCGAGUCUCUACAAAGACUUUCCCAUCUGCAGAAAUACCACCUUCUGUAGUGGUGAACAAUAAUGAUGGUAAGAAGAUUACUCCUGCUAGAGAUGUUGGCAUGGUGGAGUCUGGAGGAAAAGAAUAUCCUGCUAAUUAUACGAUGCAGGAAAAACCUUUUAUGCAGACUGAAUCACUGAAAUCUCUAAAGCGUGAAAUUGCUGCUUCACGAGAACGGUUAAAUCAGGUAUGGUCUCUACUGCAAGAUGAUGCUCCUGCAAACACUGCUGAUAAAGCAAUGAAGACUAAUACUUUCACAUCACCCUUAAGACGUGAGAGUGUUUCCCCUAUUUCAUACGUUGGUGCUGCAGCUUCCCCUUCUACAUCCCAACAGAAAUCACCUUCUGCAAACAGGAAUGAAUUAUAUGAUAUGAACAAUUAUUUUAGUGCUGGCUCUAGAGUAUUGGAUGCUAUGCGAAAAGAAAUGCAACAAGGGACUCUUCUUUCUGCUCCUCGAGCAACAGGACGUAAACUUCGCGAAGCUUGGCGCCGUAAUCCUAUCCUUCCUGAGCAUCUCCAUCAUGUGGCAGAUAUAGAAGGUGUAGGACUUGUACGUCUCUCACGUCUCAUUACCGUUCUCCGUGCUCACGGCUUUCUUGACUGGACAGAGAUGGAAGUAGCUCGAAUUUGUGCUUUUCUAGCGAGUCAACCAAAUGACGAAGAUGACCAUAUUGAGAGAGGAAUAGUAGAUUUAGACAAGUCUAUGACCCAUAUCGUUAUUAAAGAAGAGGAUGGAAUGUUCUACUUAAAUGGUGGUGCAUUUUUUGCUCUUCUUCGUGCUCUUCUUAUGAUGUAA